AUGGAUGAUGAAGUCGUUCUUGACCCUGUGGAACUUGGUUGCCCAGGCAUGACACCGUCCAAUUCGUGCACUAAUGACGUUCUCUCGAGCUGGUCGUGCGCCUCACUUGUCCAUGGCACCAGAAACCGGUCCUGCGAGGAGAAGGAGAAGAAGAAGAAGAAGAAGAAGAAGAAGAAGAAGAAGAAGAAGAAGAAGAAAAAGAAAAAGAAAAAAAAGAAGCGACGAGAUCGCCAUGCCCCGUACGCGGCACGCAAUGGUCAUUGCAAAUCGACAGAUAUAGGACAUGGAAUCAUGGAACCUGAAGCGCCCAUGAUGCAAAGUGUUUUGGAAACACAUGGCCCAUUGGCAUGCCAAAUAUGGCUCGGCUUCGGUCAGGAGGCCUGUCCGUUGCCUGGUACGCUACCGACAAGGCGCAAUUUUGGACCCCCCCCCGGACCCUAG